AUGUACUACAAUUACUUAGAUAUGAACGAGCCAGCUGUUCUUGAAAGGGAAUGCGAAAUUAUAAGAUGUCAGCAGGAAAACACAACACCAAUUCCACCGAAACUGAAAGCCCACAUCCUACUACACACAUACAGGGACAUCUUCAAUGGAGAAUUCAACCUGGGCUUCGCACUACCUCGCACCGACACUUGCACCACCUGCGAUAAACUGGCCCUUAUAGUGCGAUCAUCCAAAGGCGCGGAAAAAGAAAAACUUGAAAAAGAACUCGAGGAACAUCACAAACUUGCCGAAUCUGCAUUUACAAUGCGUAAAGACGACAAGGCACGCGCGGUGAGGAGCUGGGUUGGAAAGCCCCGUCGAGUUUGCUCUUCAGGAGUAAACCACUGCAGUAAAGAUGCCCUAGACAUGAUAACUUAUGAUUUUCAACAAAAUCUGGAGACCCCAAACUUACAGCAUAACGAUACGUUUUAUAAGAGGCAGCUGUGGACCUACAACUUUGGUAUCCACGAUUGCGUGUCCAACCAGGGCUAUAUGUUUAUGUGGGACGAGACGACAGCCAAACGUGGGUCAGUGGAGGUGGCAAAUUGCCUGUAUGAUUUCCUCACUGAGUUUAACACUGGAGCGAGGUAA